AUGGCGGGAAAGGUUGCAAGUUUUAAUCAAAACUUCCUGGACGCCCUGAACCUGCCCGGGUUGCAGUAUGUAUUCGAGAGCCGCCAUCAUCUGCUCGAAAGGAUAUUCUGGGCCAUCGUUAUCCUGGCGGCAGUGCGCGGGGUCGUCUUUGUCGGUCAGAUCCAGUACGCUCGGUACACCGCGAACCCGACCGUCAUCCAGCUGGACAAAAACUACCGCGACUGGGCCGGCAUCAUGCCGGGGCUGACGUUCUGCUUUCACGACCGGAUCGACUGGGACCGGGCCUGGCAGUACCUGGAACGAAUCGGAAUUCCCAACAGCGAAGGCGAGGCCACCAAUGACACCUUCGGGAGCCCGCACCUGGUCGCGUUCGUCCAGACGCUGGUGGAAGCGACGGCCACAAACUUCGGUGACGUGGCCCGGUUUCUCAACGACAGUCGGCUGGCAGUUGACGUCGACAUCCUGGAGCUAAUCAGCCGGGCGCAUCCGAAUCAUGAUAUCGCCAUCAACAGCUUUCUACCAUCCCACAGCUCCCUGCCGGUGCGCCGGGUGGUCACCGAGAGGGGCAUUUGCCACACGCUCAAUGUGCCGUUGGCGCACCUGCAGAGUACCCUGCCGACGGGGGCCGAGCGACAGCCCAGCGAUUCCGGGAAGGACCGACCGCCAGACCAACCGAUUCUGUGCGAGUUCAGCAGGCAGUGCUACAUGAAGCUGGACACGUAUCGGUCAACGAUGUCGUACGCCAUUCACUCACCGCAUGAGGUGGCUACUAACGACAUGCUCUAUACCGCCGUGGAAGAAUCGGACGAGCUGGUGGCCAUGUACAGUAUUCUGGAGACGGUGUCCACCGGGCGCCUCAAGGAGCUGACGGUACAGCAGCGUAAUUGUUUCUUUUACGACGAGCCCUACGAACAGCUGCCGCUUUACAGUCGCAAUCUGUGCCUCAUGAACUGCCGGGCGAAGCGUGCCCAAGCGCUGUGCCGCUGUCGGCCACACUUCUAUCCGUUCGCCGAAGGGCCGCAAUGCGCGGUGCGGGGACUUCACUGCCUCCAGCGGCAUCCCGAGUGGUACAGCGAGAUCGGCUGCAACUGUCUGAAGACUUGCAACGACGUCGGCUUCUACGUCACAUCGCUCAGCAAAACGCAAUGGACCGCCGAAGGAGGCAUUCCGUUCACGCACAAGGCCUCGCUCCGCUGGGAAAUUCUGCAGCCCAAAACCCGGCUCCGGCGGGUGCUGAUGUUUAGCUACGAAGAUUUACUCGUGUCGUUCGGCGGUGCAGUGUCUUUGUUUAUAGGAAAAAAUGGAUUCGCACUCUCAAAGUUGGUGGAAUUUUUCGUCAUCGCACUGUACGGCUGGCUGUGGCGGAAACUCAGGGCAACAUGA